AUAAAUAUAGCCCAAACAGGCGAGCGCAAAACCCUUCCAUCUCCGAAAGCGCCAGCGGAAGCUCUCAGAAGAAGGCAGCAACAGUAGAGCUAAGCAACAAGGAGCCGCCAUGGGUAAGGUUCACGGAUCUCUGGCUCGUGCCGGCAAGGUGAGAGGCCAAACACCCAAGGUCGCGAAGCAGGAGAAGAAGAAGAAGCCACGUGGCCGCGCCCACAAGAGGAUGCAGUACACCAGGCGCUUCGUCACUGCUGUUGUUGGCUUUGGCAAGAAGCGUGGACCUAACUCGUCCGAGAAAUCGUAAAGAAGAGAAGUUCAUCAGCUGAAUCAAUGAGAAGUUUGCAGUCCACCGUUGCUUUUUUGACAAGCAUACAUUUGCUCUCCUUUUUCCUGUUAAGGAUGAAUUGAGUGUUGAGUUUUCGGACAUGUCAUGUCCUAUUACUUAUUUAGUCCUAUGAAAGAAUUAGUUGUUUAAAGCCAAGAGUGGUCCCUGUUUUCCUCUAACUGUGUAUGUUUAGUUCACUUUUCAUGAUUCUGGUGGUUUUCUGGUUUUGAAUCAUGUUGCAGCUUGCUUGUUCCUUCAUGAGAGAAAUGCUCGAGGAACUACACACCCUAGUUGCUUGGUUCUUCUUUCUAGUGGUUCACAAUCGAGCUGAUUCGAAAACUACUCUUUGCUUGAUUUCUAAGACAAUUCAUAGAAUC